AUGAGUUACUUUUGCGGGGAAGCUAACCAGACACCCAGGAACGGCGUCAACGGGUCCUCGAGGGAGUCCUCUGUAGGUCCUGCUGGAAGCGACACGUCCGAGUCCUCUGUGGACUCCUCCGGUCAGAAGACGCCCAGAAAGAUCUUCAGAAUCAGGUCCAAGGCAGGAGAAAUGAGUUUUGGCAAGUUGUUCACCAGUCCAUCUUUUGUCAACCCAGAGCAAGCUGGGUAUGUGGGCUUUGCCAACCUGCCCAAUCAGGUGCACAGGAAGUCAGUCAAGAAAGGGUUUGAGUUCACCCUUAUGGUUGUCGGAGAAUCCGGUUUAGGCAAGUCAACAUUGGUGAACAGUUUGUUUCUGACAGAUCUCUACCCUGAGAGGCAUGUCCCUUCUGCAGCAGAAAAGAUUAAGCAGACGGUGAAGAUUGAUGCCUCGACUGUGGAGAUUGAGGAGAGAGGAGUUAAGCUUAGGUUGACUGUUGUAGACACCCCAGGGUUCGGGGAUUCUCUCAACUCUACAGACUGUUUCAGGCCCAUCAUUCAGUACAUUGAUGACCAGUUUGAGCGCUACCUCAACGACGAGAGUGGGUUGAAUAGGAGACACAUCAUAGACAACCGAGUGCAUUGCUGCUUCUAUUUCAUCAACCCUUCUGGGCACGGACUGAAACCACUAGACAUUGCCUUCAUGAAGGCCGUCCACAAUAAAGUGAACAUAGUUCCAGUAGUGGCCAAGGCAGACACGCUGACACAGCCUGAGGUCACCACGCUGAAGCGAAAGAUUCUGGACCAGAUCGACGAGGUCGGGGUUCGAAUCUACCCACUACCAGACUGUGACUCGGACGAAGAUGAGGAUUAUAAGGAGCAGUGCAAACAGUUGAAGAAUGCAGUGCCAUUUACUGUGAUUGGGGCUAAUACAAUCAUUGAGGUGAAAGGUAGAAAAGUCAGAGGUCGAAUGUACCCCUGGGGCGUGGUGGAAGUGGAGAAUCCAGAUCAUUGCGACUUCAUCAAACUGAGGACAAUGUUGAUCACCCACAUGCAGGACCUGCAAGAGGUCACCCAGGAGACCCACUACGAGAACUAUAGAGCUGAGAAACUAGCCAGUGGUGGCAGCAGUGCUAAAUCCAAGUCAGG